AUAUUUCAAUGGAAACCCAAGCGUAUGCUACUAAAACCCAAAGCUCAGAUGAUCCCUCUCCUUCAAAACCUCUCCUUCCUGGAGAAGGUCUUGAUGGGAUCCCACAGGCCGAUUCUUUAUCUGGGUCUUCAUCUGUUUCUCCAAUGGCGGUUGAUUCUACUGAUCUUGACACCCUGUUGGGUCGUUUCCUCGACGAAGAAGCUGUAACGACUCCUUUUUUUCCCGAGGCCGCCGAAUCGGCUGACGGCGUGUUUUCAUUUAUUUAUCAGGCCCCUUCGUGUUCCUCUACUGAAUUCGAACCGUCUCAGCUUCUAGCUUUGGUCCCUUACAAAUCUAAGAAACCCGUGAACUGUCAAAAAAAGAAAGAGGACCCUUGGGAAUGUCCUAGCAGUAUUAGCCUAGAAAAUGAACAUUCUGCAUGGACGCCAUGGCGUCCAACUCCCUGGGCUCCUCCUAAAGAAGCUUUUAGAAUUGAAAAUGAACCAACCGGGGUGGGUGCAGGGCUGGAAAAUUUGGGGAACACUUGUUUUAUCAAUGCCAUUUUGCAAUGUGUUACUCAUACUGUUCCUUUUGUUUUGGGUCUUCGAUCUUUGAACGUUCAUAAGAAGCUUUGUGAUGGUGAUAUUAAUAGCUUUAGUUUACUUCGCGCUAUCCAUGAUCACAUUGAGCAUUCGUUGAGUUCGUCUGGAGGAGUUGUUUCACCUUACAAAAUUAUUGAAAAUUUGAACUGUAUCUCACCUAGUUUCGAAAGUAAUCAACAGGAAGAUGCUCAUGAGUUCUUUCAGGGCUUGUUAAAUAAGCUUGAAUUCUGUUGCUCGGACUUAAAGCUGCUGUAUGAUUGUUUGUCUUCUACAGAUUUUUGCCUAGUAAAGAAGGUUUUUGGUGGUCGACUAGUUAGCAGACUACGCUGUUGCAAUUGUGGACACAUUUCUUGCAGUUAUGAACCUUUUAAUGAUUUGAGUUUGGAGAUUGAAGAUGCUGACACCCUUCCAAGUGCCUUAGAGUCUUUCACCAAGGUGGAAAAGAUAGAUGAUCCAGUUGCAAAGUUUAAUUGUGAGAAUUGUAAGCACAAGGUGUCGAUAGAAAAACAGCUCAUGUUGGAUCAGGCUCCUUUAGUUGCAACAUUUCACUUGAAGAGAUUUAAGACUAAAGGAGCCUAUGUUGAGAAGAUUGAAAAACAUGUUGUUUUCCCAUUAGGAUUGGAUUUGCAGCCUUACACUGGUGUCAAUGAGACGAGUAAUGAGGAACUGAAGUAUCAACUCUAUGCAGUUGUGAAGCAUUCUGGAUUCAGACCUAAUUCUGGGCAUUAUCUUUGCUACAUUCGGUCCUCUCCGGAUACGUGGCAUAAUUUCAAUGAUUCAAGAGUUAUUUGUGUUGAAGAAGAAGAAGUGCUUUCUCAGGAAGCUUACAUUUUGUUCUAUGCUAGGGAGGGUAUACCUUGGUUUUCAACUUCAAUAGAAGUCCAAAAUCCCGGUGCAGACCGUGGUAUUUCCGAUCCUUCACCAACGUCUGUCCUUGAUAACAUAGUAUGUGCCUCCAAUGUCCUGGUAGGAAAUAAUACUGAUGGCAAUGCCAAUGAGUCUGGAACUCUUGAGCUUGAUGAACCAAGUGUUACUUCCAAGGGGAUUUCUGGACCGCUUGUCAGUGAACCAGAGUUUCAUGCAGCAAAGUCUGUUGAUUUCAGAGAUGAUAGUCUGAUUAAUGAAGCCUCUUUACCACCAGGGUCAAGUAAUUGUCCUGAUAACUUUGAUAAAUCUAUAUCUACUGUGUCUAGUCUUGGGGAAAACAAUAGCAAUCGAGGCAGUAUUGACAAAGCUACAAGUGAUAGCAGUUUCCCUUGGAUGCCAUUCAGAUCACAAUGUCCAGAUAAGUGUCAGACAGAUGCUUCAGAGAAGCGGAUUAUUAAGCAAAGAACCAUCAACAGGUCUUUGAUGCAUCAAAGAAGAACCGAAGCAAGGAGAUGUGCCAAAAGGAUGCAAGGCCGACUAGGCAUGAAAUUUAUGGCUCCUCUGGCUUCACAACCUGCAGGCUCCGUAAACGUUCCUAAACAUGCUGUCAUAGUUAUGGAUGGCCUCAAGGAGUUUACAACCGAGCUGCUCGAGUGGGUGCUUGAAAACAUCACUGCCUCCGGUCACAUCGUCACCCUGUUGGGUUUCAUGCCUUGUGUCUUCCAUGACCAGGCAAGAUGUAUGGAUGCUGGAGUUAGAUCAAUUGUCUCUAACAGGAGAGAGAAGCGAGUUGAGGAAUGGUGCCAAAUAUCUAAAGCUCCAAGCAAUGCUGAACCUUUGCAAAAGACAUGGGGUAUUGACUCUUAA